ACACAUAGUAAAAUUCUAAAUAUUAAUAAAUCUAGGAUAAAUAAGAUUCCAAUGCCGAGUUUCAGAAUUUAAGUAAAAAGAUUAUUGUCAGCUGCCUGAAAACUUGGGGGUUGAAUCAAACUGAAAUGAAGGUCCACUACAAAAGUAGAAAACCAGUUCUUCUACAACCACAUUAGAAGGUAUUUUCUAUAGCAUUCACUGUCUUCGUGACGUCAUACGAGAUUUCAGCUACACGAGGUUGGAUAGAAUUUGGAUGAUGUAGAGGGGGAACUUGACAGUCGAAAAAAUAGCAGAGGUACCUGGGCAUCUUAAAAGUCACUACGAAAGAAAUAUUUUCAGCUGAGACAGAGGCCGUCAUAUAAUGCUCUCACGACUGACUCAUCUCCGCUGUAAUUUCACACUUAACGAAGAUAAUGAUGUCCCAAUUGAACUGUUUAUCAGAAUUUUUUCAAUCCCAGCUACUUUAUUAUUGAAUCGGCUCAGAAACGAGGAUGUUUUUCAAAGAAAUCAUUAGAAGACAGUUUUUACACAAUUUUUUUUCCAGUUCCAUGCGAAGUCCCCUGACAUUCUACUCUAGAUUACUCGUUUCCUUUUGAUUGCAUAAUCAAGAGAGAUAUCAAUUUUCGCACCGACAUGUGCCGUGAAACGGCAUUAAAUCUCCUUUUAUUCCUUCCGGAGACCGUUGACACUGAAUACGUUGUCAUGGAAACACAGUGGUCAACAAAACGUGAUCGUUCUCUUUGUUGUUAUACAAUGUACUGCAUCGGGAUUGUAAACGCGACAGAUUUACAGUCAGCUGUUGUUAUGGAAAGGAGAAGAAGAUGAAAAUUGUGAAAAUCAUCAAUUAAAAAACAUGGAUCGAGUGGUUAAAAAAGAGUCAACAAUUCCCUUGACGUCUAGAGAGAAAAAACUACCAACGUGGCUGAUGGAAAUGACAGAGAAUAUUAAAACAUUGUCGCCCGAUGCAUUGACAAAUGAUCUCAAUGGGAUUGAAGAAAUCAGCAAAACCAACAGACGACCUCAAGCAGUAAGAAGACGCAAUGAAGAUAUCAAGAGAGAAAAACAUCUACCGGAAUUCCAUUACCGCCCUCGACUGCGAAAAACGAUGGAAUCACCUAAAAGGCCAAUUCUCUUAGAGCACCGAAGAAAGUCAAGUGCCGACGUCUUAUUGAGCGAUGAAUUGAAAAAAUUGAGUACAGAGGGAGAAUCUUCAAUGACUCCUAGAAAGUUGAGUGCCACUUUGCAUCGAAAAAAAUUGCUGACUUUCGAUUUGUUUCCUAAGAAUGAAGAUGAAGAAUUUAUUAUCCCGGAGUUACCAGAGGGAAGCUUGAUAACAAUUGAAAUUUUGAGCACCUGGGGUGAUCGUCAUUAUGUCGGAUUGAAUGGCAUGGAGAUAUUCUCAUCGCUCGGGGAAGCUGUUUCGUUGAAUAAGAUAUGGUCGCAGUGUGAUGAUUCUACUGAGCCCUCGGACGAUCCUACUGUUGCCAAUUUGAUGAAUGGUAUUUAUCGAACGCGUGAUGAUCUAAAUAUGUGGCAUGCUCCCUACAAACGAGGGAGUCAAAUUUCAAUUCACGUGGAAUUAUCCAAAAAAAUUAAUAUCGGAUUAAUUAGGAUAUGGAACUACAAUAAGUCGAGGAUCCACUCAUAUCAAGGUGCCAAAGAUGUCGUCAUUAAGUUAGAUGAUGUUAUUAUAUUUUCGGGAGAAAUUGCACGAGCUUCUGGCGAUGUCGUCGGGGAUAUAAAUUCCUUUGGAGAUACAAUUUUAUUUACAACGGAUGAAAAUAUUUUGGAAUUAAUAUCCCGAAACGAUCAAAUAUUUCAUGAGUUUAUGGAUUACUCAGCGUCCCAGGGGAUAGAAAUGGAUAGGCCGGUCACAGGGGCAACUGAGCUAGACGCUGUACCAACGAUAGAAAAUCCAAUCAUGUCAUCUGGUAGUAUUACUGAUAAAACAAUGUCGGUUGCAUGUCGAGAAAUAAAAUUAUUACUAUUAUCCAAUUGGAACGAUUCUGACAUGAUAGGAUUAAAUGGAAUUGAAAUUAUUGGAGAUCAGGACAACAUUCCUGGAAGCAAGAUCUCAUUGCACUGUAACGUAGCGGAUGAAGGAAUAUAUCGUUUACUGGACGGACAUAAUUUCACGACUGAAUUGAAAAAUAUGUGGAUAAUUCAACAAAUGCCUGAUGUCAUUACAGAAAUAAUUAUUACAUUCACCACUGAGGUCUUUAUCACUGGUAUAAGAAUAUGGAAUUACAACGGAUCAUUGGAAGCUUCUUAUUGUGGAGUGAAACAGUUGAUGAUUGAACUAGAUGGGAAAAAGCUGUUUGGCAAUAAUUUUGACGGCUUCAUCAUCAGAAGAGCGCCCGGAUUUUGCCACUACAAUUUUUCUCAGGAAAUCAGCAUCAUUCAACGACCAAAAACAAUGAGUAACAACACGCCGUCAAAAUCUCAUCUACAGACACUUGAUUUACUGGAUGAUAUUAACUAUGAGGCUCCACCAGUGCCGGAAGGCUUCGUUUAUCAAAUUGUUAUAUUCUCAUCGUGGGGAGAUGCCUACUACGUUGGUCUGAAUGGAAUUGAAUUUUUUGAUGCUCAGGGACGUCCCAUUUGUUUGAACAAAAAAAACGUCGCUGCGUAUCCAGAAAGUGUGAAUAUCAUUGAAGGAAUUGAGAAUGAUAUACGAACUCCAGAUAAAUUAGUUGAUGGAGUUAAUGAUAGCGCAGAUGGACAACACUCAUGGCUCGCCCCCAUUUUGCCAGGAGAAAUAAAUCGUGUUUAUGUUAUUUUCGAUCAUCCUAGGGCCGUUUCGAGAAUCAAAAUAUGGAACUACACGAAAACAUCGCUCCGUAAAGUUAAAGAAUUCGGGAUACUUGUAGAUGAUCUUUUAGUGUACAACGGAGUAUUAGAGCGAAAUGAUUCGUCAGGAACUGUUCACUUCAACGGGAAUCCUAGUGAACCACGUAAAUUAUCGGGAAAAUUACGGAAUUCGGACCAAGAUAUUCACUUGUUAAAUUUAGAAAAUGUUUCGACACUUGGAGACGACACAUUACCUGAUCCUCUUCUACGACCGUAUACCUCAAUGUUGCCAAAAAACUCACGCAAUUAUUCUGUAUAAAUUGAAUCAUUUCCAACGUGACUUUUUUUCUUGUAUCAACGACGAAAUGAGUAGAAAUAAAGAUGGGUAUCUUGUU